AUGGUGGAACUAACAACAGAGCACAAGAAGAUCAAUGGCAAACUGGUGUCAAUGAACAAUGAUAAUCAGGACAGCGACAUUGGAUUCAUCCUGACGACUCGUUCAACGCUUCAGGAGAGCAACGACCACUUUGACAAGGUCUGCGAAACAUUCCAAGAGAUCACUGCUGGCCUCGGCUCGACCGUUCUCAGCCUGCAGAACUACACCAACGACCUCAUCAAGUCAGUCUCGUAUCUGGGCGGCGUCCACAGCCACCUGUCCGAUGCCAAGGAGGUCAUAGACGAGCUUAACCGCAUACCAGACUACUAUGACCUGUGCAAGGCCGAGCUGCAACGCCGCGCCGCCUUCAAGGCCAACUACCUCCGUCGCCAAACGCAAACGGCCAUCGAGUACAACGAUCUCAUUGGCAUGGAGCUUGAGUUUAGGGACAUGUUUGAGAAGUCCUCCGUGCGUCCCAAAUACUUUGUGCCCAUGAUCAAUGAACGCAUUGACAAUGUGCUGCACAAGUUCCUGCCGAGACAGACUGGAAAUGUUCUUGCCGUCCACCAUGAGUGGUCCAAGCGCGACACCAUCGGUGAGCUACUAUGCUCGAGGAUAGUCCUCACUGGACAGGCCCAACCCGAUAUCAAUGCUGCCAACGUUGACGCUGAUGUUGAGGUUGACGAUGUGGACGUGGGCUCAGACCAGGGAUCAGUCAUCUAUAGAGGCGGGGCAGCCACAAAGGCCCCGCCAGUCGAACCAACAUCGGACGAGACCACAGAGAUUUACGUGCCUGCGGCAAAGGCGCAGAGGGAGAAGGCGCUGCGGGACAAGGAGAUGGCCGAUAAGGACUCAGAGAUUGCCGAGCUGAAGAAGCAGCUACAGCUGAUGAAGCAGAUCGAGAAAGAGAGCGCCAAUCGCGUGGCACAACUCGAGAGCCAGAUGUUUGAGACGAGCAUCACCACCGAGAUCAACAUGAAGAUGAUCAACUCACAAGAGGAGCUCACCAAGAAGAUGACCGAAGCCGAGCAGCAAUACAAGGAGUACAGGGAGCAUUGUGACCAUCUACUGCGCACCAAGGAUGAGGCCAUCGUCCAGCUUGAGAAGGAGAAGAAGGAUUUGGAGAUCAACAAUGGAGAGAACAUCACACGCUUCAAGGAGAACAGUGACCAACUCAUCGGUCGACUCAAUGAGAUGGAGGCUGAGGUGCAGACACUCAACGAGCAGUUGACCACCACUCAACAAGACCUGGAGAACAAACAACUUGAGAUUGGCGCACUCAAAGGUGAGAACCUAGACCUACAACAGAUACACAAUGUACUAUUGGAGGAGAUCAAGACCAGUGGUGUGAUGAUGUAA